AUGUUACACAGUGGAAAGGGGGUACAGGAAGUGAUGUCACAUGGGAGGCUGCACAUUGAAGACAGACAGACGGUUGCUAUAAAACCUGACAUCAAGUCUGCUCACGGCAACAGACAAGAGGACACAGUGAAGAUGGACUUGUGGUGCUCUCUGCUAUUCAUCUGUCUGUUGUCCAUCAAUGUGCCUGACUGCAACACCCGCGAGCUGACGCAUGUUGACGCCGACGCGUCGACAAUGUCGAGGCCCGCCGCAUUAGCUCACCCAAGCGGGACCAAAAUGCUCCGGCCAGAUCACAGAGCGAAGGCGGAGAACGACGUGACAGAGCCCAGGAAGAAGGCGAAUCUCAUCGGGAACGCGUCGCUGCUGGAUCGGCUGUCCGCCGGCGCCAUCAACACCAAACAUGCGGCAAACAGGAACAGAGUGACUGAUUUGCCACGGCGACGCCUCAGCCUUCCUCCUAUGGACAGGAUAGGAAUGAGACACCUCCCAAACAGAAGAGGCUAAGACGCUGCAUAUCUGGACAAGGUACUGCACGUAUGCUCCGACCCUCAUCACAGGCUGCAGUCAAUCAGUCGCUGCAAUACUCCACACGUCAAUCGAUGCACCCGGAAGGCAAGCAGUGAAACAACUUUUUUUCUCUCCUUUAAACACAAAAUAAAUGUUUUGAAAUGUGUUUCUGUUUCUCAAAACGCCACAUUUUGUUAUGUUUUUAAUAAACAAAGAGUACUGUAUUCGAUGAAAAC